AAUGAAAUUGACAGAACGUAAGAAAAGGUGUUUACGUUUUAUUUGUAAAGUGAAAAUAACAGAGAAAUCCUGCAAAAAUGGGGAAGAGACAGCACCAAAAGGACAAAAUGUACCUCACGUACACCGAAUGGUCCCAAUUCUACGGGGGCAAAAAGGAAGAUUCCAAGGAUGAUGAAAAUCUCAAGUUCAAGAGACUUCCCUUUGAUCACUGCUGCCUCUCCAUGGUACCUUUUGAGCAUCCCUAUUGCGAUAAAAACGGCAAUAUCUUCGAAUUGCAGGCAAUUGUGGAUUUUCUGCGCAAAUACAAAAUUAAUCCCAUCACAGGUGAACCCCUGGAUGCGAAGUCUCUCAUCAAAUUGAACUUCCAGAAGAAUCAUGAAGAUCUCUACCACUGCCCCACACUCUUUAAGCCCUUCACGAAGAAUUCGCACAUUGUUGCCAUUGCUACAACUGGGAAUGUCUUCUCGUAUGAAGCAAUCGAUCAGCUCAACAUUAAAACAAAGAAUUGGAAGGAUCUCAUUGAUGAUACACCAUUCACACGGAAGGAUAUCAUCGUUCUACAAGAUCCGGGAAAUCUGGAGAAGUUCAACAUCUCCACUUUUCACCACAUCCGGAAGAAUUUGCGCGUUGAAACGGAAGAGGAGAUUGCAGAGAAGAAAGAUCCAAAGGGGCGCUUGAAGACAAUCUCAAUGGAAACAAAGGAUAUUCUGGAGCAGUUGGAGAAGGACUAUAAACCCGCUGAAACGGUGGUUCAGGAGAAAAAGGUUGCAGAUAAGUUCAAUGCUGCUCACUAUUCCACUGGUGCUGUAGCUGCGAGCUUCACGUCCACAGCCAUGGAGACAGCUCUAAAUCACGAAGCAGCAAUUAUUGCCGAGGACGACGUGCGGUAUGAGAGAGUGAAGAAAAAAGGCUACGUGAGGCUUCAGACAAAUUUUGGGCCUCUCAAUCUGGAACUUCAUUGCGACCUGGUGCCCAAAACUUGCGAAAACUUCAUCAAACUCACUACCCAGGGGUACUAUGACAAUACAAAAUUCCAUAGAUCCAUCAGAAACUUUAUGAUUCAGGGUGGAGACCCAACGGGAACCGGAACUGGAGGGAAAUCCUUCUGGGGCAAAAAGUUCGACGACGAAUUUAAGCCAAAUCUCUCUCACACCGGCCGAGGAGUGCUCUCAAUGGCUAAUUCCGGACCCAACACAAAUGGAUCCCAAUUUUUCAUCACCUUCCGAUCCUGUCGACAUUUGGACGGGAAGCACACGGUCUUUGGGAAGCUGGUCGGUGGAUUGGAUACACUGAAUGAAAUGGAGAAAAUCGAAGUGGACAACAAGGACAGACCAAUUGAGGAUAUUAUUAUUCAGAGAGCUCAAGUAUUUGUGGAUCCUUUCCAAGAGGUCGACGAGCAAUUGGCCAAGGAUCGUGCAGAGGAGGCCGAGAAGCUGCAAAAGGAACGCGAAGAGAAGGAAAAGAAAAAGCAACAACAAACACUAGUUGCAUAUCGCGAAGGUGUCGGAAAAUACCUCAAAAUUCAGCCCUACAAGAAUGAAGGACCCAGCACAGAACCAGCAGUUCCGGCCAAAAAGAAAAAGAAUAUUUCCUACGAAUUUGGUGAUUUUAGUUCAUGGUAAAAUAAAAGAAAAACGUUUUAUUGGCUUACGCUAA